GUCUUCCUGGUGCUUACUCCUCGGAGAAUGGGUGUCUAGUCAUUUAGCAUGCCACCCCAACGCGCGCCCCAGUCCCCCUUCCCGCGCCAUCGCAGUAAGCGGAUUGCCUGCAGGCAAUGUCGCCAGUCAAAGCUUCGAUGUGAGGUAUCCACAGGUGGUGCUAUCCCCUGCUCCCGAUGUCGCCGGCUGGGCUACGAAUGCCGGCUUGAUGUGGCGUAUCAACGUGUCAACGGGCGAGAGAGACUAGAGGAACUGGAGAAGGAAGUUCAGCAUCUGCGCUCAUCCGUCUCCACUCAUCCUCCCGCUGCCGCGCCACAGUCCCUCCAAGGCAUUCUCCUCACCCCCAGCGAAUCGUACCAUGCCGAUGCCUCCUCUAUUAUCGUUCAGGAACCCUCAGGGUCGCGAGUGGAUCUGGUGGCUUCCCAAAUGCCACCUUUGCCAGUAGAACCUACAACUCCAGUACAUUCCUUGCCAUCCCAGCAACCUAGUCAACCGUCGCCUUUACUUACCGACACGACGUCCCCAACCUCAUCCAGGUCGCUAGAGUUUGUCCACCUCCAUGGGUUUCAAGUAAAUGCUCUGUUCAACAUCUUCUUCACUCACUAUCAUCCCUACGUACCCUUGUUGGAUCCAACCAUCUCCCCGAACCAAUAUUAUGCUCGAUCUGCAGGGUUAUUCUGGUCCAUCAUUCUGCUGGCCUCUCGUCGAUAUACGGAAGAACCUGGCUUGUUUGUCAGUCUCACGGCUCCCGUCAAAAAGCUCAUAUGGGAUACCAUCGCCAAUCCCCCGCACACCUGGCAUGCCGUGCAGGCUAUCAUCCUAGUGUGUCUGUGGCCAUUUCCCACUUCAUCUCUUUCCUCCGAUAUUACAUCCAUUCUCCUAUCCACCGCGCAGACGAUCUCCCUCCGCAUCGGACUGCAUCGACCAGAAGCCAUCCAGGAUUUUUCCCGAACCAAAAGACGUUUGAUGCCGGAUGAGAUGGCCGAAGUAGCUCGAACAUGGGCGACCUGCUAUAUCACCGCUCAAACGAUCGUAACCAUAGACGGACAAGUAUGGGUUUCGUCAGACUGGAUGAUCGAUCGGCUUUGUGACCGGGACAGCACCAUGAUCCCCACGUCCCUCAAACAUCAACUCCUCAUAUCACGGUUUUCGGCCCGUGUAGGUCAAUUCAUGUCCAGCCACUCACAGGGUCCAACGGAUCUUCCUCGUCCAGGGGAAUUCAUCUCCCUUCUGGCCCUGUUGGAGCGAGAAUACACCGAACUGGCAUCCACUUUAACCAGCUACAUAUCUGAGGAGAACAAAGUCCUUCUUAAUGGCACCGGUCUCCAACUCUACGUCUUCUACCUACUCGAAGAAUCCGACUCCGACACGCGCAAACGCGGGCUCCUCCGCGCAUACAGCAUGUCAAUCUCCACCAUAACAAUCAUCAACCAACUCGAAGCCCUCACCGACGCCAUGGCCUACGGGCCCGUGUCCUAUUUCCGUAUCAUCUCUAUCGCAGCUAUGUUCAUACUCAAAUUGAGCUAUUCGAACCUCGGCCCCUAUCUCGACCUAGAGACCGGUAAACGCUCAUUCAACUCUGCCAUUGCCCUAACGCGUCGGAUAUCUAUCGAGGACAACGAUCUCCCUGGGCGCAUGUCAAAGAUUCUUACCCAGUUGUGGAGUGCUCAAGUUAUUCAUCGCGGGCAGCGGGACAAGCCGCCCGGGCUAAGACUGAAGACACGCUUGGCUGCCAGUUUAGUCCAUGAUUCCAUGUGGAUGUGGCGGGAGCAGUUUGGUGGACAGCCUCGCAGUGGGACAAAUACGCCCCUGGCGAGUCGGGGAUAUUUUGCUGACAACAGGGCUAUGGAGCAGCGCGGGGGACUAAGUGCCCGGGGGACAGGCUCGGCUGGCCAGGAGGCUGCUACUAAUUUUCCAGUGGGGAUGGAAGGUGCUUAUUCAGAUGGAUUGACCCUGGAGGAUGUGGUCGAUGCAGAGUUGCUUGCGUUGUUGCCUUUUAGCUUGGAUGGGGAAAUCUUCACUGCGCCUGGAGGGUGUUGACAUGCGUUCAGUAACUUGCUUUUUGCCUAUCGUCACACGGCUGUCAUGCGUAACGAAUAUCCUAAG